ACAACAGCAACCUGCAUGCAAGAUGCACGCUUCUAUCGCAAUUCGAACCGUCCGGUGCAUAAGAUGUGGACAAAUAGCGAAUGUGCCAAGUAUUUCCUGUGUCUGGAUGGUGAAGUGUUUGAGUUCAAAUGCUCGGAGGGAUUGCUGUUUGAUGUGGUGCGACAGAUUUGUGAUUUCAAAGCCAAUGUGGAUAAUUGUGACAUCACCGCGGAGACGCCCGCACCAAAGCCUCUGCUUGAGAUGGCAGACUGUGCGGAUGAGACGCAAUUGGGCUGCGCCGAUGGCACCUGCCUGCCCCAAGAUUACUUCUGUGAUGGCUCCGUUGACUGUCCAGACGGUUCCGACGAGGGCUGGUGUGAUGUGGAAAAUGAUCCGAAUGCUGCCGGUGCUUGCGACACCCGCAAAUGCCAGCUGCCGCAUUGCUUCUGCUCCAAGGAUGGUACACAGAUACCCGGCAAUCUGAUGACACACACAGUUCCACAGAUGAUCCUGCUCACAUUCGACGAUGCCAUCAAUCACGACAACUGGGAGCUCUUCUCCAAAGUGCUGUUCACACCCAACCGACGCAAUCCCAAUGGCUGUCCCAUCAGGAGCACAUUCUAUGUCUCGCAUCCGUACACAAAUUAUCAAUACGUGCAGAAGCUAUGGAAUGAUGGACACGAGAUUGCUGUUCACUCAGUCACUCAUCGUGGCCCUGAACUUUGGUGGUCCAAGAAUGCCACCAUUGAGGAUUGGUUUGACGAGAUGGUGGGUCAGGCGAACAUCAUCAACAAGUUUGCCGGCGUGCGUAUGGAAGAGAUUCGUGGCAUGCGGGUUCCUUUCCUGCGAGUUGGCUGGAACCGUCAGUUUCUGAUGAUGAAGGAAUUCGGCUUUGUAUAUGAUGCAUCCAUGGUGGCUCCACACUCGAAUCCACCACUUUGGCCAUAUACAUUAGACUUUAAGAUGCCACACAGUUGUUUGGGUACCAAUCAAAAUUGCCCGACGCGCAGUUACCCUGGCAUCUGGGAACUGGUCAUGAAUCAACUGGAGGCAGGCGAAUAUACGUGUGGCAUGGUCGACAGUUGUCCACCACAUCUAACGGGAGAGGAUGUUUACCGCAUGCUCACAUACAACUUCAAGCGUCACUAUCUGAGCAAUCGGGCGCCAUAUGGUCUCUAUUUCCACUCCACGUGGUUCAAGAAAAUUGACUAUCUCAAUGCAUUUCUGAAAUUUAUGGAUGACAUGCAAAGGCUGCCCGACGUGCACUUUGUGACCAACCAGCAGGCCAUACAGUGGAUGCGCCAACCCACGCCCAGCAAUCAGCUGCACCAAUUUGAACCUUGGCGUUGUCAGCCCAAACAAUUGGAGCCUCACGAGCAGGUCUGCCCAAUGGCCAAUGUCUGUAAGGUGCGCAGUCGUGUGUUGCAGGAAGAUCGCUACUUCUACACGUGUAUGGAGUGCCCGGCACAGUAUCCCUGGAUACGCAACGAAUUUGGUCUAGAAUAGCUUGUUUUUUAGUUUAAUUAUGUAUUUAUAAAUAUAGUACGCGUAUUUCCAUU